AUGGAGACUGUGGGCCCCCGGAGCCCAGAAAAGGCCCUCUUAAUAGGAUCUUCUGCAAAAGAGAAGAAGAGCGAGGCCGUCCCAGCGUCCAGCCACUGGUUCCCAACACUUGGCACUUCCUCCCAGAGGACUGGAUCAAUGGGAGCUUCAAGCUACCUUUAUUCAGAAGUUAUUGCCCCCAGUUUGCUGGAACAGCAACACAAUGCCUAUAGUAAGAAAGAAGUAUCGUAUCUGAUGAAAAUCGAAGGCAUCCACAGGAUCGUUCACCUUCAUCAGAAAUCCUUUGUAGUUCAGAAUAUGCCUGUUUACUCUUUGGAUUUAAAAGGAAGGAAAACUGUCCAUCAUCCAAAACCAAAGAUUGACUGUUAUUACAGCGGAUACGUGGAAGACAGCCCCAACUCGGACGCGGUCAUCUCAACCUGCAACGGUCUUUGGGGACACAUACAGAUUGGAAAUCUGACGUAUGAAAUCCAGCCGAUUGAGAAUUCCGCCAGGUUCCAACACCUUCUCUACCGCAAGGCUCCGGAGCAGCAUCCUCCCUGCCAAGGCGUGGUGGAAGACGUGGAGCAGUGGGCACGCCACAGGGCCGUCCUGACAACAGUCAGCAAUCCAGACUCAGAGUCCCAGGACUCCAUGCCACAUUUUCCUGGAAAGAACACGCCGUCCAGAUACCUAGAAUACUUUGCUGUUUGUGACCAUUCUAUGUUCCAAUGGGGAAAGCAGAAUAUAACUCGUACCAUUCUGGUGGUGCUGCAGAUUCUCUCGGUGGUUCAUCAUAUCUACGACGACAUCGGCCUUCACAUCGUCCUGACCGGGAUGGAGGUGUGGGACGAGCAGGAUUAUUUGCCCAUCAGCAACACGUUCAGUCAGACGUUCAACGAUUUCUACAACUACGCCAAUUCUGAACUUCGGCGCCAGACCCAUUUUGAUCACGCCACCUUAUUCACGAACGUGGACCAGCAGGAUUCCUUUGACAAGGCAUGGCAUCUGCCCCCCUGUCUUUACAAACAGAUCUCCGUUUCUGUCAUCAAAAUUUCUCCGUAUGUCACAGACAACAGCGUCUCCGCUGCACACCAGCUGGGCCACUCCCUCGGCUUUGCCCACGAUGACCUCCCAAGAAGAGACGGCCAGUCCUGUGAAUGCCGCCCAGCCUCCCAGGCGGGCCACUGCCUCAUGCAUUCCACCGUGGCAGAACGCUACAGGCUGAGUAACUGCAGCAAAGACACGUAUUUCGGAUUCUUAGAAACCCAAGGAAGGAACUGUUUCCUGAAUUUACCCAAGGAUGUCCCCGAGAUAAAGAUGUGCGGGAACGGCAUCGUGGAGAAUGGCGAACAGUGUGACUGUGGUAGGGACGAGGCAUGCAAAAGCAGUGGCUGUUGCCAGGAUGACUGCCAACUGAAGCCCGGCACCAGCUGUGUUCACGGACUCUGUUGCAACAAGUGCAAGGUAAGCAUUGAAGGAACGGUGUGCCGGGAAGCCACCUCGGACUGCGAUCUUGCCGAGUACUGUUCGGGGAGCGCCGCCAACUGCCCACGGAAUGUCUUCAAGCAAAACGGGAUGCCCUGCGGCACCAGCAGCACCUGCUAUUUAGGAGCAUGCCUGGACAUCCACCAGCACUGCAGGACUUUCUUCGGCCAAGCCGCCCAACCUGCUCCGCUCAGUUGCUACAGGGAAGUGAACUCGCGAGGUGACCGGACCGGCAACUGCGGCCGGGAUAAGUCUGGAUACAAGAAAUGCCCAGAAAGAGACAUGUUUUGCGGAAGGCUCCAGUGCAUCAACGUCCAUAAAAUCCCCAGACUCCUCAUAGGCUACGCCGUUCUCCAGACCCCCGUCGACGACAUUUUGUGCUGGAGCGUCAUCUUCCACCAGCAGAACACCACAAAUGACGAUGGAGCGGCAAAGGACGGGUCUUCGUGUGGUCCCAACAGGAUAUGCAUAAAUCGAUCAUGUGUCCACAUGACAAUUUUGAAUUAUGAUUGUGAUUUUUCCAAAUGUAACAACCAGGGGGUCUGCAACAGCAAAAGGAAUUGCCACUGCAGCUAUGGAUGGGCCCCUCCCCACUGCAGUGGCCGGGGGUUCGGAGGAAGUAUCGACAGCGGGCCCCCUCCUGAGCGCGUGAAGUCGAAAAAAACACUAAUGCUUGGUUCGAUUAUUGGAGUAGCUUUGCUCCUUUUGGCCCUUACUGCAAUGCUUAAGAAGUUCCUGCCAUCUUGGUAA